UGUGAACCCAAUACAAAACGCAACCAUUUUCAAACAAAACGCAACGUUGAUUUAAUGAGAAAAAGCGGAAAGAACAAUUCAUUGAAUGCUACGGAACAUGAGUUUCAAGGGAUAAUUUAAAAAAAUAAAACUUCCAAAAUCAAAAUCCCUGCAAAUUAGGGGGUCAAAGAUUCACUCUUCGUCAUCCCUAAAUUCAAGCCAACCUACUAGAUAUGAUCCUAAUUUCAAAUCUAUCCCAAUUCAAUAUUUUUAGGUUCCCUAUCCAAACCCUAACUGAUAUAACAGAUGGAAAACUAGAGGAACCGAAAUUUGGAAUCGAUCUCCAUGGCAGAAGACAAAGAACAUGAUGAACAGGGAAGGAGAACAAACAAGGAAAAAACCAGGUUCAACAGAGAUGACUGUGAUGUUUUGUUGAAAAAUAUGGCGGUGAAGGACAAAAAAAGGGAGACUGCAUCGAAGGAACCAUCAAAAAAUAGUGUUAUUGUUGACCAUGAAUUGCUGUAUGACAUAAACAAAGAGCAUGGUGGUUCUCCAGAGGUUGACAAGCGAUCUACCUCAUCUGAAGUUGUUCACGAUUCUAGUGCAACUCAUGGGAAAAUCACACAUGAUCCACCUCCCCGAAAUGAGCCAAAAAACACGAAAAUACGAGUGAAGCUUGUAGGACAAAAGAAACCAAUGGCUAAAGUAAUGCAAGGCACUAUUGCGGAUGAACAAGGAAUGGAUGCAGCCAACGCAGGGAAGAAGAACAAAAGAAAAAGAGCUGAAGAAGGUGAGGUGUUUGUUAGAAGAACACCAACUUUUACUUUGAAUCCAAGACAUUCCACCCAACAAAUUAAGAGGUUUAUUAAGGGUAUAAACAAUCAAGCACAUAAGAGACAAGCUAUAGUUGACAUGGGUUUUGGAGGCCUUCUCCAUAUUGACUUUCCACGGAACAAUCCAACUUUUGCCGGCGAUCUGGUGAUGAAUUUUGACACCAACAGUAUAUGCAUACUUCUUGAAAGAAACAAGGAGAUUCGUAUUGUAGCCUCAGAUGUACACCUUGUCUAUGGCAUUCCUUUAGAAGGACAUAAAAUAAUCGAGGCUAAAGAUGAUGAAGAGGGUUUUAGAGAGUUGAUUGAUAAGUGGAAGGCAUACCAUGAAAGUAUAGAUGUCCCUUCUCUAACCGAAAUUGUCACUAAGUUAGUAACAGAUGAUGUUGAUGACAACUGGAAGAGGAGUUUCUUAGUGUUGGCAGUUAAUUCAUGCAUCAAGUCUACCACCAACACACAACCAUUUUUGCGAUUCCUCAGCACAUCUUAUGACACCAACCGCAUUCCUAAUUUCAAUUGGUGUCAGUAUGCACUUGAAAGCCUAGUUGACGGGACUCUGUAUUGGAAGUGUGACACAACACGCUACUUUCCAGGACCUUUGCCAUUCCUUAUGGUGUGCUAUUUUGACCGUCUUAAAAGACAAACUUUUGAUCCCCCGAGGACAUUUCCACUUAUCUCUUCUUGGAAUAAGAAUGUUGUCAAGGAAAGAGUAGCUUUGGAGUUAAAGUUUGGCUUUGGUUUAGGAUUAUUGCUAGAAAGGAUCGAAACACCUUCUCUAGGUGAAGAACCACAACAACUAGACAUGCAACACCACCCACAUGACGAUGAACGGCUUCAACAUCAUAAUAAUGAACAGGAACAUAACCAAAAUCAUCAGGACCCACAACCAAUCAAUAUUCCAACCAAUAUGAAGGAGUUUAUGCAACAAUUUGGUGAGGUUACAACCAUAAUUGCGAAUGGUUUUGUUAAACUCACCAACCUCCUAGCAGUUGGGGAGCAGCUAUCGCCCUUGAAUAUAUUCAAGGAAGACAUGGCAUUCAACUUAGCUAAGAUGUGGUCGAGGUGCUCCAGUACUCAACUUCCCUCUGAAUUCCAGGUUUUCACCCAACAAACUGGGAGCAGGUCAUUGCUUAGUCAAGACAAUGAUAUGUAUUCUUCUAUUUGGUUCGCAAAUAUCAUGGAUGAUAUAGUUAGGAAAGAAACUGGUGAAGAUCAAAUAUCCAUGCAAAACCAGGUACCCCAGCAAGUUCCUAUUUUAGAUCAAUCUUAUCAACAAGCCGACACAAAUUUUGAAUAUAACCGGGAGUUGAGGGUGGAUUCUAGUUCACCAGUGCAUAUGCUUGAGUGCGAUCCAACAUACUAUGACGACCCUUUAAAGAAUGACGAGUUGGUUGUAAAUGAGAAAAUUUGUGACAAUGUGCCAAACUGUCAAGACCAAGGUAUGGAAGAACACGUAGAUUAUGAAAAAUGCAAUGGAAAAAGGGCAAGAAAGCUACCAUCAAUCUUUAGGUCCCCGUUUUUGGUCCAGUACUCUCAUUUGAUGAUUGGGAAAGAGAAAGAAAGAAAUCGCAUUUUGGAUUAUGCCUUUUGCCUAGAACUUGAUGGAGAUGAGGAAUUGUACGAAGAUGGAGUCAACUUGCUUAUCAGAGAUUACUUUAAAACUAUGGGAGCUAAUGUGUUUAUAUGUAACGAUGUAAUUGAUUCAUGGGCAUACAUACUCAACGAAAGGGACAAGAUAAGGAAGAGAGGGAAAAGAAUGUUCUUCCCCACCGAAACAUUCAAUUUCCUUAUUCACAUCGAUGAAACUGAAGGAAUAAGUCAAAAUAGCCAUGAUGCAAGGCUGCAAAGUUUUAAAGAUAGUUGUUCAUAUAAUAUGGAACAACACAAUAUUAGUUCCCUUAAAGGCUAUAGUCUGAUUUUUUUUCCCAAUUUAUGCACCAUCACAUUGCUACGUGAUGUGCAUAAAUAUCAAGGACAAAACUUUGGAUAUUUUGGACAACAAUGUCCUGGAGGAAGGAUUGAAGCUCAAGGACAAGUAUUUUGAUUAUCCCGAAAAACUGCUAGGAGCAUUCUCUAUAUACCUCAAUAGCUCGGGACACAAAUUAAAAAGACCAUUAACCCAACACAGCGUGCGGGUAAUUGAAAUGCCAUGGAGAAACAAUAAAAACAAUAUCGACUGUGGAAUAUAUACGAUGAAGCACAUGGAAACCUACCAUGCUAAAGAGAAAUGGCAAUGUGGAUUGGAACCGGACAAUGAUGAUAUCUUGAAGCAACUGAGAUUAAUAUACUCUGCUGAAAUCAUUUCUUGUGAGCAAAACCAGAAGAGGGCUGCAGUUAAUGUAAAAGCUUCGAGAUGGGCACACGAUAACAAUAAGUAGAGAACAUUUUUAUUAUAGGGUGUUUUUUUUGGAGAGACAAUGUUUUUUUUUGGAGAAACAAUGUUUUUUUUUCUAUGGUACUUAUUAAUUGGUUUUUUUGUUGUAUGGUUUUUGUUUUUUGGGAUAAUGCAUUACCUUGGUAAUAGAUCCCGAUUUUGAUGAUGUGAAGGAGAUUUACACAAUGUAGGCAUUGAUAUUUAUAGUGUUCUUUUUACAGAAAUUAAUAACAAGUAGAAUGUACA